AUGAUAAGUUCGGAAGAAUUAUUGGCAACAAAUGCCUCUAGUAAUAACAAUAGUAUUACUUCUGUUACCAUGGCUGCUGUUUCUGGUUCAUCCGAGUCGUCAUCAAGAAAGAAAAAGUCUUCAUCAAACUCUUCGGAAAAGAUUGUUAGGAAUAAGAAGGUUGAAUGUGGUUUUAAUAUGAUUUUUAAUUGUUAUACAUUUCCUGAACCGAUCAAUGCAUCAAGUGCUAAUAUUGAAAAGAUUUAUCAGCUUGUGAGAGAAAGGCUAAAGAAUGAAAUUGUAGAGACUGGUAAAUUGAGAGAGGAAAAUAUUAUUGAAAAUGCAAAGAAUUCAAAGUUUGCUAUGGAGACUGAUGUUGAUCAGGAAUCAUUUGAUACCAAGAUAUUGAAACAUAGAAAAACUAUUCGUUACAAAAUUACAGAGGAAUUACAAUCUAAAUUGUAUUAUGGAGUUGAUGAGCCACAUCAAUCGAUUUUUGCUUACAUUUUUGAAUUGCAUGAUCCAUUUAAACUUCACAUUUACACCACUGAGAAUAUGAAAGGAAAAAAGAGUAGAAAUAUUAUCAAAUUUGACAUUUACAAAAAGGUCAAGAUUGCCUCCUUAAUUACGACCUUCACACUUGGAUUGAUUAUUUUGGAAACAAAUAUUUCAAGUACAAGUGAAAAGAUGGCAACUGUACACAUACUUAAUGGAACACAUGUUUUUGACAAAAUGAUGGACAAUGAAAAAAAGAGAAGAGAUCCCAGUUAUUAUGAGGAAGAAAGAAAAAAGGCAAAACUGGAAAGGCAAGCCAGUGAUUCCAAUUUCGAUGAUGAGGAAGAAUCUGUGGGAGAACCAGUUGAAGAAGCAUUACUUCGAGAAACUGUUAAGGAUCUUAUCACUUCCAACAAAUUUACAAGUGUUUCACUCUAUUUGCGUGAUUUGUUGACUAGUAUUGCUAGUGAGCAGGAUGUUGACAAGAUAUUGUCAAAAAUUCCAGAAGCAGAAAAGAAGGAUUUUAUUUCUCUCCUCUCCAAAGUGGCCUCAAAUGCCACUCUACCUUUAAUGAAUUAUUCUCUGGAUUCCUCUACAGCAACUUUUACAACGGCAAGUACGAUAAGUACCAACCAGCAGCACCAGAGUAGUAUUGCAACUGAUAUGCUGGACGAAAUGAAUGACAAUCCGUCAGGUGUUAAUCUACUAAAUAAUUAUUUUGAUUAA